AUGGAGAUUGCUAAACAAACAGCCCAAAAGGCAACCAAAUAUUGGAACAAUAUCUUCUUCCCAAACAUGCAAAUGACAGUCAUUAGAAAGUCAUUUGAACAAUUCCCACAGACCAGAAAGUUAGAGUUCCGUACCUCUUGCGAUGUUGGAAAGUUGGAUAUCAAGGGAUACAUGAAGUCUGUCUACAAUGUCGAUGUACCAAAAGUAAACACUCUCAACGUUCAAGGAAGAGUAAAGAGACAAGGAACCAAGAGAGCUUUCAGACAAAAGGAUUGGAAAAAGGCUAUCAUCACUGUCGAUCCAUCAGAUGUACAAUCAUUGAAAAGAUAA